CUUAGAUUGAAAUGAAUUUGCGAUAGGCAAGGUCCCUUUACCGUUAAUUAAUAGUCAUUCAGAGGUCGAUAUUAUGUUUGAGCCGCCAUAAAGAGCAAAGGGAAGGCGAGGACGCGGCGGCGGCGGCGCGCGCUGCCCCGUAGCCUCGCAGCCCGUGCUACCGCGCAUGCUCGGCGGCACUGCGCGGCACCGUCUGGCAGUCAGCAGCCGGCGUUGUGCUCGUUUUGUGUAGUAUCUGGUUGAAUGGGUGGUCUGAUUGACUUCUAAUAGCGGUUUGUGGUUCGUUUGUUGCCAUGUGAGUGCACGUGCUGUGCUAUGACGCCGUCGGCGCCGUCGGUCUCGUCAGUAUCGUCGUCAUCGACCGUCACAAGUCAUAUGGAGUCGUCAGCUACACCUUGCUGAUGGAGCGCAUUCGACGGUAGACGAAGAUGUGCGGCGCGCGGGCUGCGGCACUGAUGGCUGCGCUCGCGGCGCUUUUAGCCGUCGGUGAGCCCGGGCAUGGAGCCGGCCUUGGGGGCGACGGCGCCGCCGAGGUAGACGAUGCCGAGCUGGACGCCGCCGAGCUGGCGGCAGCAGACGUACCGGCGUGGCGCGAACUAUGGCAGGCUUCUCUGGCUGCGCUACGUCGCGAGCCUUCCAUCAACACCACGCGGGAGGAGGUGCUCGCACCGGUCGGCGGCGUUGCCUUCCUGCACUGCCCCGUGCGGAACCUCGGCGAACGCGGCGUGUCGUGGAUGCGGCGUCGCGACUGGCACAUCCUCAGCUCCGGCCUACUCCUCUACACCAAUGACGAGCGCUUCCAGGUGCUGCACGGUGAGGGGUCCGACGAUUGGAUUUUGCAAAUCAAAUACGUUCAGAAACGCGACAACGGGACUUACGAAUGUCAGGUGGCGAGCGGCGGCGGAGGCACGCUGUCGCGGCGGGUGGAGCUGCGCGUGCUCGUGCCCGAGGCAUUCAUCCUGGGCGCUGAAGAGUAUCACGUGGACGCCGGCUCCGCCAUCAACCUCGUCUGCAUAAUUGAAAACAGUCCGGCGCCGCCGCAGUACGUGUUCUGGUAUCACAACGCGCGUAUGAUCAACUACGAUGAGGCGCAAGGCGUGACCGUGAGUACGGCUCCGGGCGCCCGCACACAGUCGGCGCUGCGAGUGCACGCCGCGCGCCCCUCGCACGCCGGGAACUACUCCUGCCGCGCGCCCGGCGCCGACCCCGCCCACAUCUACGUCUACGUCUCCGAAGGCAGUGACAAGAUGGCGGCGACGUUAAGCCGCAACGUAGCCGUCGCGCAAGGCCCUCGCGUUUCUGUCCUGCUGUAUGCCCUGCUGGCCAGCGCUGUACAGUCGACGGGAGCGCUGAAGCGAACGUAGCGAGGCGCUCAGGUGUUGCACGACACCACCUCGCUCGUUGCAAGCAUGAAAAUGCAAUAGGCGCUCUAGCAUGUUCGAGAUUUUUCGUACAUAUAGAAAAUGUAUAAAAUGUCACAUAUUAAAACUAACUGUGAUGUAAGACAAGACAUUCACAUUUACAUACAUAAUUUAUUAAUAGACCGGAUAUUAAGAACUAAAUC